GCUAUGACAAGUCAAUAAUGUCUGCUGUGAAACAGGACUAUGAAUAAACUAAAAGGUGAAUUCCAGAGCCUGUGUGCCUCACUGGGUCCUAUCUGGGGAAUGUGGUUGCAGAACUUCCUGGUAGCAACAGCAGGGUGGAGACUCCUGAGGAGGCCUAUUUCCCUCACUUUCCUUUUGGCACACAUGAGGAGAGCAGCAGGCAGUGAGGCAGAGCUGGACACUGACUGAACACGCACUGGACUCUCGUUCAGGAGCAGAAGAAUGCUUUACACUGAGUUACUGCGGUUGUGGGAUGAGGCGGUGCAGGCUGUGGAUGCCAAAGACUGGCAAGGAGCUCUGGCUAAACUCAAGGAGAUCACUGAACCCACGUCUCGCACUCUGUUCACCGCUGCCUCUGCGCACCUGUCUCUUGGACAGCUGGAUCUGGCCCUGAAGGCUUUGGACCUCACCAUUGCCAAGGAUGAACGUCUCGCUGUUGGCUUCUUCCAGAGAGCAGCAGUGAUGAUGCAGCUUGACAGGUUGGAGGAGGCUCUGUCAGACUGUAUCUGGGCACAGAAGCACAUGAGAGGAAACAUCGUCAUUGACUACAAGCAGCUGGGACUGCGAUUCAAACUCUACAGCUGGCAGGUGUUAUAUAAUGCAGCAGCUGUGUACUGUCGGAUGGGCCAGUGGGAGCAGGCCAAGGAGGUCCUGCUGUCAGCCUCUCAGGAGAGAGGAGGAGGUCGAGGGGGAAACGUAGAGGUGGCUUUGGACAGCGUUGCGAGGAAGGAGGUCCUGGCUCCUCUCCUGGUGCCUGAGGGUUUGGUGUUUCGUCCCAGGAAACAGGAUGUGGAGCAGCUCCAGCAGAGAGACUUUCUGGGCAAAGCAAAGGUGAUUUCCUCCAUGAUUCCCAAUGAUGAUUUUGGAGGCUUCGAACCUCUGAGGCUGCAGAAGCCUGGUUUCUAUGAGCCCAAAGUGGAUGGAGCUCAGGAUUCUCGAUACAUGCGUAUGCAGGUUCCUUACAUGGCUCGGGGCCCGGGCCAGUUGACAGUGCCGGGAGGGGCCAUGGUAUUUUUAUUUGGUGAGGAGGACAGGGAUGGGAUGGCAACUGUCAUAUAUGAUGGACAGAGAGGACUUCUGCCAAUGUCCCUUCUCGAGCCUGCAGAAGUCAAGACGACCAAAGGCAAAAAGGAGAAUAGAGUCCCCAGUGGGAUCCCCCUCCCACCAGAGCUCAAGCCACCCACUCGCCCACAGGCCCGGCCCAGCCCUGCAGCUCCUCCUCAGGCAGUGCGUUUUGCCUCAGACACUCCACCACCAUCCUACACCACUGCCACCCACGCGCCGCUGCCAGCCUCAGAGCCUCCUAAGUACACAGCCAACGCGGCAAGCGACCAGUAUGCCAGCUCAUCUCAGGGGGCAAAGGCGGACUCUCUGGUGGUGAAGGUCCACUACACAUACACCGUGGCUCUGUCUGUCCCUCUGGACACACCGUACCAUGAACUGAAGGAACGAAUCGCACAAAAAUUGGGCCAGCCAGCGUCUCAUCUGCGCCUCAGACAUAAGCAGCAUGGCUCCCAGGUGCUGAUUCCUCUGAGUGGGGAGGUGGAGCCGGGCCACACUAUGCAAGAGGUGGCCGAGGCUGGCAGAGCCACUCUGUGGUGCCAGUCAGAAGACCCCCUGGCGAACCGUACCAUCCUCUACCAGAUGGUGGCGCUGUAUGACUAUGCUGCUCAGGGCCCAGAGGACCUGGAGUUCAGCGAAGGGGACACUAUCGACAUCCUGGGUGAAGUUAAUGAGGAGUGGCUGGAGGGACACUGUGCAGGCAAUAUAGGCAUCUUCCCCAGCUGCUUUGCCUACAGGGAGAAUGCCAGCAUCACUCAGAGCUCCGAGUUAUAAAAGUAGACCAUGUGCGGUUAUUUGUAAUAAACACCUUUACCUGUAAAUGCCGGCUAUGUAGACCCUCCAAAGAACCACUGUAGUGUACCAACACUCUUGUAGGGACUUACAGUGCAUCUGUUGACUUUAUCAUCCUUCUAACAUGUGUCUUAUAAUGUAUCACUAUAACAUUGCUAUAGUGACUCAGAGUAUGUCUAUGGUACUGAAACCUGCUCUAACUGCUGAUUUUCUAUGUUAACACUGUAAUAUUCCUGUUGUAUUAUAUAACACUAGUAAUACGUUUCGCCUGUGGUAUCAAAAUUAUAUUACCGUCAUGUUUUAAAGUAUUUUAAUGAUCCUGCUACAACAACUUUAAAGUGUGUUUUUUUCUGUAUAUUAAGUGUUUUCUGGGUCAAAUUUGACCCAUAUUUUUUCAAAUGGAUUUUAAAGUCACCAGAGGGGGUCAAAUCAAGGUAAAGGGUGGUUAUGGGGAAUCUUGAAAAAGUCCAACUAUAGAUUGGCAUGUCUAUGUAUUUCUGUCAUUGGGGCUGUGGGGACAGAGUUCAAGGGGGACCUUGACUCUGUCACGAGAACUGGCUGUGUUCCCAACACAUCGCCACAUUUGUCAGGGUUCCCACCCAGGUGGACUCCCGUAGCCCUUUGAGGUGUUACGGGGGAAUCUUGAAAUAGUGGAAGAAAAAAAACUGUGCAUUGGAUUGCAUAUAUUGCAUAUAUGGUGUACACACAGUAGGCACAUAGGGUCACAGUGCCUUGACACUGUUGGUGGGGUGGAAGGACUGAUUUGGUGGAUCUGUUGAUCCAAGAUGAAAAAGGAGACAAUGAGCUGAAGAGGAAAUAGUAGAAGAGGAGGACAAUAUGGAAGAAAGGCCCUUGUAACUUGUCACCACCUUUCCCACACACCAGCCACAUCAGCACAGUAUCUGAAUCUUGCCCUGAUCAGAAAUUUACAAACUAGUUUUCUUUUAUGACUAAUACACUCAAUGUGGGGUUGAUUGUGUACAAUUGACAGAGCAUGUGGUUUACAGGCAGUGUUGAUUGAUGGUUUUAAUGGUUAUAAUGAAAACUACCAUUCAAAAAUAUUGUUGCAUUCUUCACUGUCAACAAAAUUCAAAGAAAUAACUAUGGCUGUCUUGUUCUCUUGUUUUAGAUAACAUGAGAUCAUAAUGUAGUGUGAUUGUGAAUGUAUUUUCUCCAUUAACAAAUAGUGUCAAACCUAACAUCCUGAAACAUUAAUGAAGGAUCAAUCACCCAUUUAUUAAUGACUACUGACUAAUAUAUGAUCAUAUAUGGAUGAAAAAUACAUUUGUGUUUCAAAAUUUGGAUAUCAGGGAUUUAUAAAGGGUUUAUAAAGAGAUAUUUGAGGUGGGUCAAAAAUGACCCACUCCAUACUGUGAGGGGUCAGAAUAUGUAAGGGUUGAGUCCCAAUACUUAGCAUUUACAAUCAGUAUAUAAACAGUUAUAAUGGUUUAUAACACACUUUAAUGUACUUGUCAGCAGAUAUACGGUAAGUUUUGAUUAAUGUAUCUCUCAACAACUAUAACUCCUCCUGUGGGCAGCCAUAAGUGGAGCUUAUAAACAGAUAAUGAAUGAUAUAUGUCUUCAUAUUAGAAGACAUAUAUCAACAAGACAUAGACAAGGAAGUUAUAAUUGUUGACAAAUACUGUACAUUAUUCAACAUUUAAAUUGUCCUUGUGUCUGCUUAUAAUCAAAUCAUUGUGUAUUAUUUAUUAAAUAUUUGUAUACUGUUUAUAAAUGCUAAAAAAAAAAAAGGCUAUUCAGAUAUAUUUUCUUAAAGGAUUACCGAAGCUGUGUAUUGAAGCUCUAUAUCCUCAAAUAAUU